CCCGACCCCUUAAAAACGCACCAGGCCGGAGCCGCCCCCCACCCCGCAGCCCCAGGGCGGGGCGGGGGGGAGGAGGAUGGAGUAGAGGAGCCGCCCCCCCCGUCUCCCAGCGCCCACCGACCCCAGGGAUGGAGUUGAAGCAAUCCCUAGCCGCCCACCCGGAGGCGGGGAAGCCUCUGCGGCGCUACGGGGCCGUGGAGGAGACCGAAUGGCAGGCGGAGGGCCCGGGAGCAAAUCAACUCGACAUCAUCUCCAUGGCCGAGACGACGAUGAUGCCCGAGGAGAUUGAGCUGGAGAUGGCCAAGAUCCAACGUCUUCGGGAAGUCUUAGUCAGACGCGAAUCAGAACUCAGGUUUAUGAUGGAUGACAUCCAGCUGUGCAAGGAUAUCAUGGACCUGAAGCAGGAGCUGCAGAAUUUAGUAGCCGUCCCAGAAAACGACAAAACCAAAAUGCAAAAGCAGAGAGAGGACGAGUUAAUCCUGAAGAUCCACAAACUGGUGCAGAAGAGAGAUUUCCUGGUGGACGACGCCGAGGUGGAACGACUGCGGGAACAAGAGGAAGACAAGGAAAUGGCUGAAUUUCUGAGAAUCAAGUUAAAACCGCUCGACAAAGUAACCAGAGCCUCAGCCAGUUCUCCGGCAGAAAAGAAGGUGGAGCCCCCUCCGUCCAAGCCCACCGUCACCAAGACGGGGCUGGCCCUCAUCAAGGAUUGCUGCGGGGCCGCCCAGUGCAGCAUCAUGUAGCCCCCUUCUCUGGCUGGCGCCUCUCCGCCGCCGCUCGCCCUGACCGGGACCAGGGGUUCAGCCGCCGCGGGGUGCGGCCGGCCCGUCCGGAGGACCGACUGGGAGCCCGUCCCUCCAUCCGUCCUUCAGUCCGUUCCCCGAGUCCGUCCGUCCGUCCCCGAGUCCGUGUUGCAUGGUCCUCCCCAGGCGCGCGCGCAUGCUGAACGUAGGAGUCCGUCCGGCCCUCACCCCUCUGCCCGCCCAGGGAGCUCUUGAGGAAAAGAAAAAGAAAAUCCUUGUGGAAACGAGGCGGGAGAGGGGAAUCUCCCUUCUCGUCCCACCACUCCCUCCGGACGGCGGCGAGGGUCCGCACAUUUCCACGCUCCGCGGAAGCGGGCCGCCCACCCCUUCCGUUCCCAGUGUGGGGAUCUCGGCCCUCGACGCCUCGGGCCGCUCCGCAGCGGGCCAACGUGGGCCCUGCCAUUUCCCCCACCCCGAAGGCCCAAAAUGCGGAGCCGAGGCCGGGCCUGGGACAGCCAAGUUGGGGACGGGUAGGCCUCGGGGUGACGGGCAGGCCUCAGCGGGGAGGCAGAAUGGGUAGGCCUCGGGGGUGACGGGCAGGCCUAGGGGGGACAGGCAGCCUUGGGGGUGGGUGGAGAG